CGCUUAUACGGAGUCUUCGGUGCGUCGGGUGUGCGUUGAAAGUUUUCGGUCUCUAUUGGAUGUUACCAAGGUAGCCUGUUCCUUUUAGGGAUGAGGCUGUUCAGCAGGAGGCCGCAUAGUGCGAAAAGCUGAAAUGUAGGUAAGACUGUCAGCAUGCACAGCACCCGUGUACCUUGGAGCUUCCAGUCAGCCGCAGCGCUUGAGCCCGGGCCCGGGCCCAGGGUGGCGAGGAAGACAGGGCAGGUGGUAUAAGAGCAGUGACUCUCGGCCCCGUCCGCUCAGAGGGGCUGUCAGCUUGCUCAUCCUUAAUCAGAAAUCAAGCAAGAAUUGAAAAAGAUGAUUAAACGGACACGCUCUGCCCCCUCCGUCCUCGUCACUGGCGUCAGUGCUUCAGGCACGGCCAACCAAACCUCGACGCGGUCGUCGCUGCCCUUCACGGGUGCCACCACCGCGGACGCCAUUGCCGCCACCGUUGCCGCCACCAUUGGCGCCGCGGCCGCAAGCCCGACAGGUGUCCCGGCCCCCCGCCGCAGCCACCCGCUGGGCGUCUAUGCGGGCCCAGGUGUGUGCAAAGUAUAUCAACAAACAACGCCGGCUGCCCCCGCCACAUCCGGACCCGACGGCAAUGGUCCCAGUGCGCCUGGACAGUCAAACCAGGCGCCAGCCCCGGCCCCAACACCAACCGGCAGGCCCAUCCACCGACGCACUCCCGUCCGGGGCCCCAUGCCUUGGCCCGGGGUCGAGCGCUACCGCAUGGACUCCGAGGAGAAGAGGCGGUUCCGCGAACUGUGCCGGAAGGCUCAGUUUACUCUGAGUCCGCUGCCGACACCGUCCGAUGCUUCCCAGGAGGGGAGCUCGACUCAGCCCUCGAGUCCGGCAAUUGGGAUUCCCUCGCCCGCCUACGAGGACCCAAGCCCGUUCCCUCCCGUGCCAGGUCCCGUUCCUCCUCCGCUUCCCGCACCGGUCCCCACACCCGCCGCUCCUCCUGCCGCUCGUCCUGCCGGCGGUCGACUGGGAGAUCCGCUAACCCACGGGGGGUUGCGGCCCAUCCGCCUGUCUAGUCUGUCCUUGGGCUCGGACACAAUGCUCCCGAAUUGGGUUCGUUCUUAAGACUUGGGUUGGAAAAUCGGAAUUCUUGUGUUUUGGGAUUAUCUGGGGGUGGCGUUUGGCGAUUUGAAAGGGCUGUUUGUUGACUUGGCAAUGAUACUACUAUCUAAUCCAAGAGUAUAGAACAUGAGCUGGCUGAGCAGUCUGAGCUUCUAUCUAGACAUCAGCGCCUCAUACUUGGUGCUGCCGCUUUGCAUAACGUGACACCAUCCAUGGUGCGCUUUGGGUCAUCUAGAGAGCCGCCCUUUCAUGCCCCUGGUCUUGGUUGGAUAGGGACACUCCGCACUUCUUCACUUUGAUUGAGUGGCG